GGGGGCAAAGCAAUGGAAUGAGAGGUGUCACAGGCAGCGGUCGGUUCGUGAUUAGCCAUGGAGGAAUAUGACUUGUACGGAGUGGAGGAUGAUUUCGAAAGCCAGUUCGCCUCGGAGCUGGAAGUGCUGGCCGAGCUUGAGGAUGAUGUACCUUCCCGUCCUGGUCCCCAAAGGUCCCAGCUUCGCACCAAACUUUCCUUCGAGGAGGCAAUUUCUGCCGGGGAUACCGUAAGAAGCAAACCAACUGGCGAGAGCAACGGCGAAGCUCUCGCUUGUAUCGAUACCAGCAAGUCCAAGAAGAGAGAUGCAAGCUGCAUUGAUUUUGAAGAGGAUGAAUUCUCGGACAGCAUCUAUGAACCUCCUAUCACUCCCAAACACAAACGUGCAAGAAUUGAAGCUGUUAAGAAACUAGACUUUGGAAGAGAUGAAUAUGCAGGCAACAGUACUGCUCUCAGUGAUGACAUCACACCUCCACCCUCACCCAAUCAUUCUCCGAAGAAAAAUGAAAGGGAUUCCAAGUUCCCAAGCUGUGAAGCCUUUGAGGUGAGUGACAUGGCACCCCUGCAAGUAACACCCACGGAAUCGGAGCAGAAGCGUGUGCUGAAGCGCCCCCCUGUGCUGGAAGAUUAUAUCAACGUUACAUCCACUGAUGGUUCCAGGGUGUAUAUGGCAUUAAAAGAGGAUAAUGAUGGUGCUCAGCAAAAGCAAGGGAACUUGAAGUGGAACAGUGGUCAGCAGUUGCAUCUUCUGGGGGUUCCAUUCUCCUACUUAAAGGAACAAGUUAACGACGAGCACCGACGGAAGGUGUUGGAAGAAUCCCAGCGGCUUACAGAGAUGCUUAACAGUCAAAUUAAUGAGGAGUUUGGAGAGAACGACAGUGAAAUACUGGAAAAUGACGAUAAUGCUGGGGAAGAGGAUGACGAAGACGAGCCUUCAUCUCACUCACUGUGGGUAGACCGCUUCACUCCCAGGCACUACACAGAAUUGCUCAGUGAUGAUUACACAAACCGCUGCCUCCUGAAAUGGCUGAAGCUUUGGGACACUGUGGUAUUUGGGAAAGAGAGGGUGGUGAGAAAACCCAAGGCAAUUGUGGAUCCACGAGCCAAUCAUUUUAAGAACCAGAAAGAGCAGCAGAGCAAGUUCAAGACCAAAGCUCAGAUAACAGAGGAGAUCCUGGAGGCUGAACUGGAUCACCACAACAGACCCAAAAACAAGGUUUCACUUCUUUGUGGCCCACCGGGCCUUGGAAAGACCACACUGGCACAUGUAAUAGCAAGGCAUGCUGGAUACAAUGUGGUGGAAAUGAAUGCCAGUGAUGAUCGGAGCCCUGAGGCCUUCAGAACCCGUAUAGAGGCGGCAACUCAGAUGAAAUCUGUUUUGGGUGUAGACGAGAGACCCAACUGCCUCAUUAUCGAUGAAAUUGAUGGUGCUCCAACCGUCUCCAUCAACAUGCUGCUGAGUUUAGUCAACCGAAAAGACGCCAAGGAAGCCGAGGGGGGCACAGAGGCAACAACAGGAAAGAAGAAAAAGAAAGAAGGGGGUUUGCUGCUCAGGCCAAUCAUCUGCAUCUGCAAUGAUCAAUAUGUACCUUCCUUACGGCAGCUGAGACAACAAGCUUUCAUGCUGAAUUUCCCUCAGACUAUGCCCUCCAGACUGGUGCAAAGGCUGUAUGAGAUCGCAGUUAAGCAAGGGAUGAAAGCAGACACUGGGGCUCUGAUGGCUUUAUGUGAAAAGACAGAGAAUGAUAUCAGAUCCUGUAUUAAUACACUGCAGUUCCUACACGGCCGAGGAAAGAAGGAGCUCAAUAUGCGCAGUGUGCAGACCAUGAGAAUUGGGUUGAAAGAUCAAAACAAAGGACUGUUCUCUGUUUGGCAGGAGAUUUUCCAGCUUCCCAAAAUUCAGAGGAAACGCAUUGGCCAGGAAGUUGCAACUAAUGACCUACAUCUUCUUUUGGGGUCGGAAAAUGAUUCUCUUGGCAUGCUGGCUAAGGCGCCAUUAAACGCCGUGGCACAGAGAUUUCAUCAUAUUCUGCACCUUUCCACUUCCACGGGAGAGUACGAGAAGCUCACCAUGGGUUUGUAUGACAAUUUCCUAAACAUGAAGGUGAAAGAGUCCAACUUCAGUACAGUGUGCCUGGCUUUGGAUUGGUUGGAGUUCACGGACAUUGUUAAUUCGACUAUAAUGCACGGGCAGAAUUUCCAGCUCAUGCGAUAUCUGCCCUUCCUGCCUGUUGCUUUCCAUCUGCUGUUUGCAGCCUCAAAUGUGCCUCGCAUUGCAUACCCCAGCAGCCACUAUGAGGCUCAGUCCAAACGUAAUCAGAUGCAAAAUCUUCUCAAUGCGAUGGUAUCCGAAAUUUCUCCAGCUAUCCGGACACGCGUGGGGCCUCAGUCGUUGGUGCUUGAUGCUCUGUGCCUUCUCCUAGAUGUUUUAUCUCCUAAACUGCGUCCGGUAAAUACCCAACUGUUCAGUACCAAAGAGAAGCAGCAGCUGGCUGAGCUUAUUAAUACAAUGCUCGCCUAUAACCUGACAUACCACCAGGAGCGUACUAUGGAAGGGCAGUAUGUCUACAAACUGGAUCCGAAUGUUGAAGAUGUGUGCAGGUUUCCAGAUCUCCCAAUCCGUAAACCAUUGACUUACCAAACCAAGCAGCUUAUAGCGCGUGAAAUUGAACUGGAGAGAAUGAGGAGAACAGAAGCGUUCCAGCAAGCGAGAAAUGCGGGAAGGGACAAUACUACUGCUGCUGCUGCUGCUGUCAAGACCGCUGACCCCAAAGGUGCCAAAAGCACAGCUAAACCUGCUGCUUUAAACCACGAGCAGCGGUUGGAGAACAUCAUGAAGAAGGCAACAUUUGAGGAAAAGCCUGAAAAAGAUUUCUUUGGACGCCAGAUAGUCAAGAAAGUGGCAGCACCUGUGACAGCAAGUGCAAACCAGGAGGAAUCAGUGGAGAGAAGAAUUGGGAAAGCGGUGGGAAACAGCGACGUUUGGUUUCGCUUUAAUGAGGGCGUGUCUAAUGCUGUGCGGCGGAAUAUAUACAUUAAGGACCUCCUUUAGGUUUUCAUGUCUUACAGAGGGACGUAUGUGUUUUAUAGAGACUGACCGUUCCCACUGAGGACGACUGGGUUACUUUUGUCUGAACCUUUCCACCAAGCUCGUUUGGCUUUCACUUAACCCGUUCCUUCAGUGGAAGCAAUAAGGAUAUUUAUGGAAACAGUGUUGCCUUUGUACAUAGGGAGUGUGUUCUUUCCCGGUUCACGUGCUUAAGGACCAGGUCUGGGCACAAAAAGAUUAUUAACAAGUUAUUUGGUUACAACAGUUCUUUGUUAUUAAGAAAAUAA